UUAAGGAUCUUCAGCCAAACAAACAUGGACUCGCCCCGCCGGCCCCAGAAGAGUAUUCUGAAGAAGCGAAGCUCGAGCGACGCGCAGAGCUCGAGCGGGACCGAGGCCAGCGGCCGCGUGACGAGGAGGAAGAGCCAGCGAUGGGACGAGAUGAAUAUCCUGAUGACGCAUCACCCGGCCGGGAAGGAUUACGGCUCCAUGAAGAUCGAUGAGCCGCAGACUCCCUUUUGCAGAGGGAAUGAUGGGGAGCUUGAUGAAGCGGCGAGCAGUACGUCUGGAUCACAGGGACGCUUUAGUCCUAAACUACUGGCUAAGAGGCUGAUGGCGCUCGUGGACCCUCCCAGAAUCCUUCAGGAACAGACCGAAGAAGACAGCGAAGAAGAGGGAGGAGCUCUAUCGCAUAACCCAGGAUCGGAUCCUCCCAGCCAGAAGGUGGCAGCAUGGCGCAGUUCCAUAGAAUGCAUCCACAGGAAGCUCGGCAAAAAACCGCAGACAGAGGAAGGUGAAGAUGAUCAUGCAGAGUUCGAUUAGGCCCCCUCUGCACGGCUGUCUAAGAACUGCCUGACUCCUCUCGCAAACACAGAAUUCAGCUCAGACCUUUUCCAGCUGAACUGAGCUACAGUCGUGCUGAAUUUUACCCUCCGAAAUCCAAUCCACUGUUGUCUUGUUUAUCAUAUCAUAGUCUUGCCAGCACUUUGUUCGCUGUCCAGUUUGUUUAUAUUCCCGAAAGGUACCGCUUUAAGGACAGAAGCCAAACGGCCACUCUAUUUUGUCAGCAUGCUGAUGGAUUAAUUCAAUGGAUUUACUUCCACAAGCUAAUCUUCCUAACACACUUGGUAAGAUUGGAAGGGAAUAUUUGCUGCAAUGUGAAGUGAAUCCGCCAGAGGGUGCUGUUGAGUUGAGAACGUGUUUCUUUAUCGUUAGCGCUGCAUUUUUUUUUCAUGGUAAAAAAAAAAAGACUCAUUUCUCGAUCUAAAACAAUUGGUGUUUCAAGAUAUUUUAUUCACUGUUAAACAUAAUAUUUACGAAAGCAGGAAAAUAGCGUUGUCGCAUUUAAAUUGUAUCAUUUUCUCUGGAGUAAUUAUCCAACUCGAGAUGUUCCUAAGUAUUUAUAUGCUUACCUGGAAAAACAGGAAAAUGCUAAAUUGUAGAAUAUUUUUUAAAAACAUUCUAUUUUUCACCAUCAGUGAAUUAUCAAACAAAAUAAAAAACAU